GCGGAACGGACUUUAGCAAUGGUCGGACCGGACAUCGCCGGAACCGGAUGUGGGGAAAUGUGUUUGAACUGAGUUAGCAGGAGAAGUCAACACAACAGACGUAAACGCUGAGAAAGGAUGUUACACAGAAAACCUCUGUGAGACGUGAACAGCGGGGCACGUUUAUCUGGAUGAGCGACGUUUUCUUCUCACAGAUACAAACCCGCUCACAUUUGCGCCAUGAAUCCGUCCAAUCCGUUUGGCAGUCCACAGGGCGGAGCUUUCCAAGCGCCAAGCAACACUCUGAAGACUGGUUUGUUCCAGUCAUUUGGACAACAAAGUUCUAGCAAUCAGCCCCAAACUGUGGGUUUUUAUACACCGUUUGGACAGCCAUCUGUCUUAAAUCAGGCCCCAGCACCUCAAGGAAAUACCCUCUUUGGACAGGCUCCUGCCUUUGGACAGGCGUCUACACAGCCCCCCUCGCAGCCCACAGUAAGCCAAGCUCCAGCGUUUGGACAGCCGUCAUUAGCAAUGAGUAGCUCGGGCUUUGGUAGUACCACCGCUCCAGCUUUUGGGCAGGCUAGUGGACCAAACCAGAGUUCAGUUUUUGGGCAGACACCAGCGUUCGGGCAGCCUUCUGCGUUUGGGCAGGCUUCAGGAUUCAGCCAGCAGACCCCGGGAUUUAGCAAGCAGCCAACAGGGUUUGCCCAACAGCCCCCUGGGUUUGGAAACUCUCAGAUGGCUUCCACAUCCACUACUGCCUUAGGACAACCCCAGCCACUGGGUUUUGGGCAAACUGUGUUUGGACAGCCGUCAUCUACCAGUGUUACCACCAGCGUGUUUGGCACAGCACAGAGUGUGACCCAGAACAGAGGCUUCGGAUCAUCCAAGUUCAGUUUCAAGCCGGCUAAUGAGGCAUUGUUCAAACCCAUUUUCAGUGCCAGCCCUGAACCCACCAAUCCUCAAACUACUUCAAUGUCCAGCUCACCUUUUGGGAGCAGUGGGUCCCAGACGAGCACCAAUACCAUGAGCAGCAGCACCACCACCGCCACUGCUGGCUUCCCUGUGUCAACUGGAGCUAAGUCUGGCCCACUGGGCUUCAGCUUCUCACAGCCGGCUGCAGCGCCCUCGAUCUCUGCCCAAAACAAUCCACUAACAACUGGCAGUAGCAGCGGUCCCUCCAACACUUUGCAGUUCACCUUUUCCCAGCCUGCCGCCCCCUCCAGCUCUAGCACCCAAGCAUCCACUACGCAGCCCACCACCCCAUCAUCUUUCAGUUUUGCAGCCAAAGCCCCCCUGCCCCAGGCAACACCCCUUUUUGGAGGAACCGGUUUUGGUCAGCCCUCAGCAUUUGGAGAAGCCAAAUCAGAAACCAGUACAGAUGAGAAAGGGAGCCUAGGGGACACAAAUGUAUUUGCACGAUUGAGCAAAGGCACCAAGCGCAAGGAUGAUCCAGCUGUCCCCAGCACUGGCCCAGAGAAUCCUGCCACAGAAGAGGAUGUUUCAGCAGACUUGGAUUCACCAAGACAUCCUUCGAAGAGGCCCCUAAUGAGGUCCCGCGGCGCACCAGGAGGCUUAUUCGGUAGAGCACUGCUUGGUCUUCGUAAAGAUGUGGGUCCGGCGAGGCGUGAGGGCACACAGCAAGCAUCAACGUGGGAAGAGACGGAGACGGAGAGGGAAGAAGUUCAAGAUCAGAGUGAUGACCUACCUGCUACACCACCCACAGAGCGAGCGCUGACCAGAGAUGUGCUGGAAAAAGCUGAAGAGUCAGACUCAGCAAAAGUACCAGACCCCAAUCUUGAAACCACCACCCCUGUGAAGCGUGGUGUACGCAGGGAGAGCUCAGAGAGCCUGAGCGGCAUGUCUCCCAGCGACUGCACCACCAUCCACUGCAGGAAUGUGCCUCCCGCCCUCAACAAGAAGGACGUGCUCGAAAAGCACUUUGGUCGUUUCGGCAAAGUCCGUAAGGUCAUCUGCCGGCCUGCCAAGAACCUGGCCACAGUACACUUUGAUGACCAUGCAUCAGCUGUUAAGGCAAAGAAGAAAGGCAAACUCCUGCACAGACACGAGCUCCUUCUCUUGUGGCAGAGAAAGAAGCAGAGUCCAGGUGACAAAGGAAGAAAACCUUCUGCAGAAACAGAGGAGGCAGUGGAAGAAAGUCAGGAGGACACAGAGUCUAAGGCUGCUUCCUCCCCACUCAGGAGACCUGCACCCAGAGCUCCUGCACUCAGCAGCAUGGUGUCUUUCAACCGCAGCUCUCCGGUGAAGAAAUCCCCAUUGGCCAAGUCUCUGCAGUUUGAUGCUGAACCCCAGAAAGAGAGCAGCACAGAGGCCCAGAGCUCAGAGCGAGCAGUCCCCUCUUCCCUCCUCCAUCUUAUUGGCCAGGUGGCUGAGAGCGCUGAGGAAAAAUACCGCCUCCUGGAGCAGAGAGACAAGAUCCUGCGUCAAGGUCGGCCCAAGAGGACGGACCUGGACCUGUCUAAGGUGUUUGUGGGAAAGUGUCCUGACAUGUGUCCAGAGAAGGAGAGGUUCAUGAGGGAAACGAGGAAACAGCUGAGCAUGUUCGAAGUCUUACCAGAUACGGAGACGGUGGAUCACAAAGCAGCCAUCAAGGAGUACAGCCGCUCAUCAGCCGACCAGGAGGAGCCCUUGCCCUACGAGUUGCGACCCCUGCCUGUGCUCAGCAUGACCAUGGACUAUCUGGUAACACAGAUCAUGGACCAGGGCCACGACAAUUACCGGGAAUGGUAUGACUUUGUCUGGAACAGGACCCGUGGCAUCCGCAAGGACAUUACCCAGCAGCACCUGUGCUGUCCAGACACGGUGUCGCUGAUUGAAAAGUGCACACGUUUCCACGUGCACUGCGCCCACCACCUCUGCGAGGAACAUAUCUCAUCAUUUGACGCCAAGAUCAACAACGAGAACAUGACAAAGUGCCUCCAGAGUCUGAAAGAAAUGUACCAGGACCUGGCUACGCGUCAAACCUACUGUCCCCGGGAGGCAGAGUUUCGUCAAUACAGCGUGCUGCUGAGACUCAAUGAUGGUGACAUUCUACGUGAGGUGCAGCAAUUCCGUGACGUAGUGCGCAAUUCCCCUGAGGUGAAGUUUGCAGUGCAAGCGUUCACUGCAGUCAACAGCAACAACUUUGUGCGCUUCUUCAAGCUGGUGAAAGGAGCCUCCUACCUCUCCAGCUGCCUCCUACACAGAUACUUCAAUCAGGUCAGAGCUAAAGCCUUGAAAACCUUGAACUGGGCCCACACCGUGGGUCCACGACCAACUGCAUUUCCAGUAGAGGACAUAGUUCGGAUGUUAAUGUUCCGCAACACUGCAGAGGCAACUGACUUCAUCCAGCAGUACAGCCUCAAUAUCAACGACGAUGGGGUAGAGCUGAGUCGGGGGACCUAUCAGGAGCCAGACCUGCCUCCGUCCCAGAAGAAGUCGGAGGUGAUCCUUGCAAAGAAAACCAUGUUGAUUGGAGAGGUGGUAAAUGGCGGCCCCCUCCCUAACCGUAUCCAGCACAUCCCCGUCUGCAGCUUUGACUCCCAGAAUAAGUACCGUGGAGAAGGUCCUCUGGCUGAGCCUACAUCAAGUCAGUUUAAAGCUGUUACUGCUAAGUUGGAGGUCAAGGCACCACCCAGAGCUGAGCUGCUGCCACGGGUCAUGCCCUCUGUGUUUGGGUUGCCUGUUACAGAUAAGACCGGAGAGCCCAGCGGACCGUAUGGCAGCGUUCAAGCAGACCCCGAGCUCUUCCAGCCGAUACCUCAACCUCAGCCUGUCAAACCGCCAUCUCCUCCACCCAAACCUCAGCCGGUGUACAGCAAUGAGGAUGUUAUGGCCGUACUGGACUGUGUGAUUGAAGAGGUGGUUGAAUCAGCAGUGAGGGAAGUAGCGGAUGCUGGUGCCAGCUAUGCCACAACAGCUCUUGCGGAGAGCAGCGUGCAGGCAGAGUCUCUGGUGAGUGAGGUUUUGGGACAGAUGCUGCAGGAGAUGUCCUCCACCGAGAUCAAGCUGGAACAGGAGCGCAUCGCUGAAGAGAAACGCAAGCUUGAAGAAGCCAGGAGGAGGCAGGAGCACCAGACCUUCUUGGUCCAGUUCAGCUUCUCUCUCUGCACUGAGAUCAUCCAUGAAGUUUUAGAUGAGACCAUUAAGGAGACCGCCACCUCUGAGAUCCAACAGGCAGUGAAUGAGAAAGCAGACCGUGUGGCUAAAUGCACAGAGCAGGUCUGUUCAAGUCUGGUUGAGGAGACUUUGAAUGCAGACAUCACUCUGCUGGUUGAACACAUCCUUGAAGCUGAGCUACAACGCAUCCACAAGUACAUUAAAAGGUGGCGUGAUGUGGUAGCAGUACGGCGGCAGCUGAAGAGACAGAUGAGAGGUUUCCCUGCAGCUCCUUGCUGUGUGGACCCUCGAUUCAAACUGAAGGCUCUGGCUCCCAGUGCCCCUGCACAGCCCUCCAUAGCAGAUCUGGCCCGUGGUCUGGUCAACCUGGGAAACUCUGGCACCCUGGCCCUCUCCAGCACCAGAUUGUUGAAAAUGAGACAAGAAGUGAUCCACCAGAUGAGAGUCCACUACUACUAUCAGCGCCUUCUUGAUGAGACAGUGUGGGCACCACUUGACCUGCCAGAACUGGUGACAGAAAACAUCUCCAACCCACCUGACCGAAUCUUCUGGAAAACCGUUCUCCUCUUACCGAGCGAUCACGAGAGCGUAGCCAGCCUGGCAGACAGGAUCCUGUCAGACUGGCUGGAGGUGAAGCUUGGCGGUGGCAAGGAGUCCGAAGCAAGUGAGGAGCAGCUUGAUGGCACACUGCAGACGCUCUGUGUCAUCAAUAAACUCCAAGAAAAAGAACAACGCCUUCACAAAGUCCACAUUAGCGUCAAGGCAUCCAGAGGCCCUCUGACUGAAGACGGUCUUUCCAAAAUGGAGGAGUGCGGUGAGCUCCAUGGGACAGGAGCUCUGAUAACGUUGCUCCCCGCCAUGCCCAUUGUCGAACCCGGGCAAGAUGAACAGGAUGUACCUCUGCUGUCAGCACUGCUUCAGCUAAAACAGCUACAGCAAGCCAGCACCUGGCACUGCCCGCUGCCUCUAGUCAUUCUGGUGCCUGGAUCUGACAGUGGCACUGGUGAUACACAGAAACUUGAAGAAGCCCUGAUGCUGCACACACUGGUCGAGGAAGGCCUGAUAUCGGAGUAUACAUUCCUCUUCAUACCAGAGACCACAAGUGACUUACAGGGAUCCAAACAGCUAAUCCAAGCUAUGCGUUGGCUACUAGCCCGUGCUCCACCACCCUUCCCACUCUCCUGCCGGACCCUGGUGCAGCUCGUGGAGGCCAGUUUGAGUCGUGAGUUCAUUCCUAGAGUUUACGCCCACCGUCAGGAGCGAGCUGCUGCACGUCUUCCUUCCGAGGACCCUGCGCCUGUCAUCCAGCUGUACAACGCCGUCCUGGCUUACGUUGCUGACAAAGUGUCGUCUGAGGAGCUCAGCCAGCUCUCGUGGCCACCAGGCGAGUUCUGCCUGCCUGAUACCCGUGACUUUGUCCCUCAUCUGGGCUGGAAUUCUGUCCAGCACCUGACCUGGCUACGCAAAGCCAUCCUCAGCCUGCAGCUGCCACAGUGGGAGCAGCUAUCUGCAACAGACUCUUGGUCUGAGCUUUGCUCCUCCAUCUUUCGCUACGCCACUCAGAUCCCAGUCUCACACCACAGUCAGCCUCUCCUAAUGUCACGGCUGGAAAACCUUCUUGAAAAGGUCAGGAUAAGGAAACACCUCACCCGAAUCCCAGGAUCCAAGGUAACCACGAGCAGCUGGAGUGAUCUGGACGAGUGUCCAGCCUUCAGUCGGAUUCCUUGGGACGACGUGCUAUUGAUUUGCAUAGACCACAAGCUGAAAGACUGGCAGAUCCCUGGGUCACCUGUCUGUGAAGAUGCUGUGACAGAGGACGGGGAGAUCCUGGUUUACCUUCCCACAGAGUCGUUGAAGGGUUUCCAACCACCUGAAGAAUGGAGUCAGGCCAUCAGACGAACCCACAGGGAGAAGCAACAAGAGAAGGAAGGGGUGAGUGCAGCUGCUUGUGCCACGCCCACCGGCCUGUCCCUCAGACAGAGGUUGUUCCACAGUCUCGUGGAGCCGCUCAAAGCACCACCAGCACCGCUGGACAUCACACACACUCCCACAGCACAAGAGCUACUGGCCCAUAAAGUCCUCCAGAGCUUAGAAAAGGAGAAGGCAGAAAGCAAAAGGAGCAUGGAGCAGCUUCAGCGUUGGCUGGAUGGUGACCCUGUGGACCACUUGUCCACACCGCUUUUCAUUCCUUCUUCUACUCUGCUGUCCAUGCCCACGACAAUAACACAUUCACCCACAUCCAAGGCUCGAGAUGCCGCUCAUAUACAGGAUCCAGAGCCUGAUGAUCUGUCAGACAAAGCAGACUGUCCUAAAGCCACGCCUGUAUCUAUGACACAGCGACUGAAGGAACUGGAGCGACAGAUUUUAGCGAGCCAAGAGGAGGAACUGGCCUGCAGGCUGAAGCUGAGUGGUCUGCUGAGCAUUGUUGAUGACUGAACUGAGGAAACAAGUCGCCUGCAGCGAGAGACUGAAUUUAAAUUCUUUACUGAGUUCACUCCGUUAGUCCUCUAGUCUGCUGAAAUCAGAUUCCAGCAGUGUGUGUCUUUAAUUUUUCUUGUGUGAAUUGUGUGGAAAAUAAAACCAGUUUUUUUUAAUUCUUAGUUUCAUUUUGUACCAUUGAUUUUUGUGUAACCAGCACGUCUGAACAAGUACAGUGUCUAAUAUUUGUUUCUUAAAUUACUUGUUAAACCGGCUUCAAUCCAUGAAAUCACUUCUGUGUUAUUUGAACCUAUUUUUGUGCUAAAUGUUGAAUAAAUUUUUUUUU